ACAUACGCUUGGAUUGCAUCUUCUUACUUUCACCUAAUGUUAAUAAAACGUUCGAUGAUAACACCUAUCAGUUGAGUUACAUUCCCCGAUCAGUAUCAACAGUGAAAAUGAAGAGGCUCCUAAAAAACGUGUUCGCUGUGAUUGCACUGAGAGCUAUCACGUGUUUGGCCGUAGAAAGCGAAAGUAUCUCCAGUAACCAAACAUCGCUGAGCAGUCGUCAGGGCAGAGUGUUUGCCUUCCAUACGAUUGGGCGUAUUGCGAAUACGCUGUGUACGGGAUCAAACGGUUUGUUGGGAACAUGCCAGGUUAAAGGCGAAUGUGCCGCUAAUGGAGGCAUUGGAAUGGGAACUUGCAGUACUCUAUCUACUCAAGCUACUUGUUGUGUCUAUAGAGCUACUUGUGGUGGGUCUGGAUCGCAAAAUAUAACCUAUUUUCAAAAUUCAGGUUAUCCUGCGCCAUACAAUGGAGGUGGCAGUUGCGUCUACACGGUGAUUCCGCCAGAUAACACCAUCUGUCAGCUCCGAAUCGAUUUCACGCAGUUCACGCUUUCGCAACCGAACGCCGAUGGAUUGUGCACGAUAGAUAACAUUCAAAUCAGUGGCGGAAGCUCCCGUGUUCCGGUGAUCUGUGGAGACAAUAACGGGCAGCAUGUAUAUGUUGCAUUCAGUGGCACAAGUCCGAUCAAAAUCACAGUUGCAACGACUGCAUCGACAUCAUUGAAACGGGUGUGGAAUCUGCAGUUGAGUUUGAUCUCCUGUACCAGCACCUACAAGGCUCCUUCGGGAUGUUUGCAGUAUUACCUUGGGCUUACCGGAAACAUACAGAGCUUUAAUUAUGGUUCGGGAGCCAGUUCGGCGGUGAACUCGGUUGGUGUCACCGGUACGCGACAGCUGGCGAAUCAAAACUAUGGAAUUUGUAUUCGGAAGGGCGUUGGAGUUUGUACCGUCACCUAUAGACUGCCUACCGGGGAUCCGUAUGCGUUUACAUUAACCGGUGAUGUCUCCUCGGCAACAGCAUCAACCCUGGGUACUGCAGCAGUCGGUACUCAAGGAAGCAAUUGCACCACGGAUUAUCUCAUAAUCCCGAACCCAACAGGCCAGAUGACAGAUCGCUUUUGUGGAAUGGGAAUCGCGACAACUAUAAGUAGUAACCCAUUUCUCGCUAUGUAUUACAUCACCGAUGGAAACGAUACACCCGAUGUUGCAAACCGAGGAUUUAAUUUUCUAUAUACUCAAAAUUCAUGUGCAGUUUCGACGGGCAAAUAAUCUCUUCGUUAUUGUAUACAGGACAAGUACUGAAUUAGGUUUAAUAAAUUGUUCGUUGUUUAUA